AUGGACCAUCACUAUGGACAUUACCACUAUGGACAUAAUACCACUAUGGACCAUCAAUCUUGGCUUCGGGAUGGAGUACGCAGUAGUGAACUAUUUUCUGAAGACACCUACACAGUUUAUCGUAAAGAUCGAAGUUUUUGCAAGUUUGGAGGAGGAGUGAUUUUUGCUGUAAAUAAUAACGUGUGUCAUUCAGAACAACAUAGUGUAGUGUUUCCUAUAGAAAAAAUUGAUGUUUUAUGUGUUAAAGUUUUCAAAACCAAUAGCAAACCAAUCUUCUUUAUAACAGUUUAUAUUCCACCUAACGUGACAUUUAGUGAGUAUUCUGAUUUUUUUGACUAUAUUGAAACUUUCCAUGAAACUAAUGAGGUCGUUUUUAUUGGAGAUUUUAAUUUAACAGAUCUUGCGGCAUAUUAUGUUAAUAAUAGUCAAAUAACUCCUUUAAUUAAUAGAUUUGUUCAACUAUUAAACUAUACAGAUUCUGUACAAUGUAACAAAAUCAAAAAUAUACAUGGAAAGAUAUUAGAUUUGAUUGUAACACCGUCAGUUUUUAGUUGCGAAGUUACACCUGAAGUCAAUGCCUUAGUUCCUAUUGAUUACCAUCAUCCUGCUUUAACUUGUUAUUUUCCGUAUGAAGUCAAAGAAGAUGAAUAUUUUGUUCAAAAUCAGAAACGUCUUAAUUUUAGAAAAUAUAACGUAAAUAAAUUUAACAAACUUUUAACCGAAAUGGACUGGAAUCUUUUAAAAUAUUUUUCAGAUGUAGAUUCUGCUGUAGAUUCGUUUAGUUUGUCUCUCCAAGAAAUUAUAGAUAAAUGUGUUCCACUUAGUUCAACUAGAUCUCAAAAAUAUCCAGCAUGGUUUACAUCUGAAAUAAUCGCCAAAGUUAAACGUAAACAUCAUUAUCUGAGAAUGUAUAGACGAAGUAAAUAUUGCUUUUACCUCCAACGAGCUAAAGAUCUCAGGAGAACUAUUAAAUUAGAAAUACGACUAGAUAAAAAAUUUGUUGAAAGAUCCCAAAAUUCUUUUAAGUCAGAUGCGAGACAAUUUUGGAACUUUGUUAAUGCCAAAAAUAAUAAAUCACGGAUACCUGGUCUGAUGAAAUACGGUAGUGAUAAGUUUACCACGAGUCAAGAUAUAGUAAACGCAUUUGCAAAUUUCUUUAAGAGUGUUUAUAUUUCUAAUAGUAAUAGCUCUCCUUCUGUUACAUCUGAUUUUAAUUAUAAUCCAAGUUCUUACUUUAAUAUCGGUAAAAUUACCAGUAACGAUAUUAUAGAAGGUGCAAAGAAAUUAAAAAAUAAAUUUAAGACAACAUUUCCAACUGCGUGGAAAAAUACAAGACUACUAAAAACUGAAAGUAAACAACAGAAUAACACCAAAGCUGUGUUCAACGUCCUAUUUAAACUCGAACUGCUGAAAAUUGCAAUUGAAACCUUUGACGAAGACGAAGGGGGUAUAUGGGAAUGGUAG